GGCGAGCUUAUCUUUCUUUCGGCACUGAAUAUUUUUCUGUCCAUUGCAGCAUUUUUGGGCAACACUCUGAUCCUAGUUGCUCUUCACAAGAAAACUUCACUUCAUCCGCCUACCAAACUCCUGUUUCGUAGCCUAGCGAUAUCUGAUCUCUGUGUUGGUAUCAUUGUAGGGCCUUUGGCUGUGACGUAUUGGAUUUCUGUUGUGAGCGAAAGAUGGAAUAUUUGCUAUUUCGCAUAUUGGGCAGUGAGUUUCUCAAGUCAUACGUUGUGCGCAGUGUCUUUAUUGACAUUGACUGCAAUAAGCGUGGACAGACUUCUCGCCUUGUUACUGGGGCUCAGAUACAGACAAAUUGUUACUUUAAAAACAGGAUAUAUAACCGUAAUUAGUUUUUGGAUUUUGUCCAUCGUCGUUGCAUCUACUAUCUUUUUAAAUUCUAUUAUAAUUUCAUGGUAUCAAUACAUAGUUAUAGCUCUGUGUCUUCUCGCCACAAUCUUCUCUUACACAAAAAUUUUCUUCUCUCUUCGUCAGAACCGAAUUCAUGUCCAGAACCAUGUUGCCAAUGGACAACCUAGCCAAGCAAUUCCACUUAACAUAGCUCGAUACAGAAAGGCAGUGUACAGCGCACUGUGGGUGCAGGUAACAUUGGUUGUUUGUUAUCUGCCAUCUUGUAUAGCGGUAGCUUUGACACCUCAAAAAGGGAUGCCUUUAUCUACUUACCUUGCUAGGGAAUUUACGAUUACUUUGGUGUAUUUAAACUCGUCUUUAAAUCCGUUGUUAUACUGCUGGAAGAUCACAGAAGUGAGGGAGGGUGUAAAAGAAACAAUUAGGCAACUCUUUCGAUGAUCGAGUUCGUUAACUAUAUAUCCUGUACAUUGACGCUUUCAGUAUUAUUAAGUUAUCCGGCUAACUUUCACAUAAUAUUUUGCAAAAAGUGCUACCAUGUAAUAUACUAUGUAAUAUACCCACAAAACGGACCCUUCAUUAUGAUAGAGGUAGGUAACUUUAUUAGUAACUGCUGAAUGAUGCAAGACCACUUGGACAAACGGCCGCGAAGUUAAGUCGGAUCUUGGUGUAGAUCGGGCCCAUGUUGCCUGCAUCGCAGACGCUCUAAACCCUCUGUAUAGGACGAAACAAAUGGCUUAGACGAGUGUGUGGGCCGUCUGCAACGCAGGCUAGGCCCAUGCAACAACUUAGAAUAAUUAAAACCAAAAACAAACAGUGAAGAUGACAAAUGCAAGCUGAUAGAAGGGCUGAAAGAUAGGGGAAUUUAAUUACUAACUAAGUACUAACUGACCUUCAUCCGGGGCUGCAAAAAGCAUAAUAAAUUGUGAUAAAUCGAGGCGGUUGAAAAAGGCUACGAAGUCUUUUUUUUCUUCCCUUAGUAUGUGCGUUGUUGGAAGAGUAGAAAACGAAAGUAGAAAUACGAAUAAUAUAUAUCUGACUGUCAUGAAUUUCUAUUUGCUGGGCUAUUGACGUAAAUAGCAGUCAGGUGUUUAUAAUACCCGGGUUAAAAGUAAAUAAAAGCGAACAUUUUAACAGGAUAAAAUAUCCCCCAUCUGUGUAUAAAAACACUAUUCUCAAUGGGGUCCCGAAAAAAAAAUAAUGAAGAAACAAAUAGAAGAUAAAAAAAUAGGGUAAGAGACUUGUCAGAAAUUAGCAGGGGGAGAGGGAGGGAGGGUAGGAAUUUUAAAUUUGGGUUCGGAAAUUAUGUGACCCAUCCAUUCCCUGUAAUGGGAGUUUUGCUAACCCUCCCCUUGAGCUUGGCCUAAAAAUAUAAUGACCCUCCCCCUCUUGUAUGUAUGAUAAAAUCUAGUUCUGGCAAUACACUAGGGUGAGUCAAUGACCGUACGUGAUCCAUAAUAGCAUUGACUUUCUGGGGCUUGUUUUUAAUUACCUUUCACUACAAGCAAAUUAUGUUUAUGGAUGUAUUCGUCCAGAGCACAUACAUGCUGUUUUGCACGUGUUCAGCAUUUCCAUCUAGUCAAAUUCCUAAUAAGACAUUGUGUUCUCUUUCAAAUUGUUUUUUUUCUUUUCCAUUUUUCUCUUAUCACUCAUCAUCUCUAAAUGAUUUAAAUGUUCUAGGUAUUUUUUCACAAGACUUUCUUCAACAAUAUAUCUGUUGCAAAAGAUCCUCGAUAUUGAUUUCAUACGUGCUCUUGCGUGAUAAUCAUCAACUUCUCUUCUCUUACUGUCGUCUGUAUUUGUGAUGGGUGUUUCUGCAUUAGGCAGACAGUGAUACUUUGGAAGUUUGUUGAUGUCUGGAACUGGACGAGGGGUGGGAUCCACUGACUCAUUUUCACAGUACUCGUGAAAUAUUUCUCCAGUAAUCAUACACGAUUCUAUGAAGUCAUCUAAUUUUUUGAAAUAGUUGUGUCCUGGGACUUUUACUUUUCUCGCCUCUGACAUUGCAGCAUUGUAUUGCUGAAUAUAUUCGGUACUGAAAAAGAACUGCUGCUCUUUACGAUUAGUAACAAAUGCCUUCAUACAGUCAUCAGCUGGUCCAGGCUCGCCAUCGAUUCUUGACACAAAAUUCUGGGCCACUCUCCAUGCAUUACGUUCCACUACUUCUGCCUCUAGCUGUUUCAUUUCUUCAACUGUGAGUGUUUUCAAUUCUUCUUCACUAAUGAGACCGGUUGGUUCAAAGUAUUCCCAGUGUAAUGCUCUACCAUCAACCAAAGCUUUACAUAUAGCAGCGUUGGAACGCUCUGCUUCGUUUUGUCCUGAAUCGUGUGGGUGCUCUGUAAAUCCUGUUCAUGUGAGUCCAGCUAUUAAUCCCUGGCAUCUCAACGUCUCUGUACUUGACUUCGAUGUUAGAGACACCAACCCCUGGGCCAGCAUCUGUUGCUUGCAAAAUGUGGUCACAGAGUGGUGGCAACUUGAGACUUUUGAUGAAUGCAAUCGCAGCAUCGCAAAGGUUAAGGUUAAAGGUUAACUCUUCAUGAUCACGAGCAUAUAUUUGCAUGACCCUCCCCCUUUUAAUGGCCCAUUUUUCAUGACCCCUCCCUUUUCUGAGUCUCAAAAAGUUGUGGCCCUCCCUCUGUUUCUACCCCCCCUCCCCCCAUAAACUUUGACUCUAAGAUAAAAUGCUAAAAGACUAUCGCGAGUUCGAUUCUCGCCCGGGGCAUGAAAAUUUCCUUUCUCCUGGGCGAGCAUGGUUUCUCCUCCUUCCAAGAUGAAAAUGUUCACUGGAAGUGUAUGUAUGCUGCUCACUAGAAUUAAAAUUAAUAAAAAUAAAGAAAAAAUUAAUUUACCUCAAAGUGAGGCAAAUGUGUGUCGACGACGACGACGGCGACGAAUGCAAUCUCGAAAAAACCCUCCCUUAUUAAUUGCCCAGGACACCCAAUAAUGCACAGAACACCCAACACAAAUUAGAGGUUGCGUCCUCGUACCUCGAACGCAACGCAAUAAUACUUGUCGUAUUUUGUAAUACUGUUGUAAUUUUGUGAUAAGGCAGUUAUCUCACUUGAUAAAAAUGGCUGUCGCAGUUUCUAAUAAAAUUGCAGGGAGAGAGAUUUUUAAUUUAUCCUGUUCGAUGGUGGUUUUCUCAUGUCCUUGUAUCGUACUGGUCAGUAAAGAUGAUCCGACUUUACAAACAUUAAAGUGACGUUGAGAACACUUCAAUCGCGAAAUUUAAUAUCCUUUGUUCAUAUUUGCCUGUUGAAAUCGCGAAAAUAAAACCCUGCGAAAUGCUGUCUCGCCAAAAUCGAGAAAUUAAGUUUACGCGUUCGGCUUCACCCAUCUUUGUAGAUAAGCCUGGUGCAGGCGUGAAAAUAACAUAAUAUAACUCAGCUGCCCUUUUUUUUGUUUUUUUUUUUUUUGUUAAACAGGAUGAGAAAAUUAAAAACAGGAAGAAUUAAGAAAGAAAUUACCUCGAAAUACCCGCCAUAUGCAUUAUGCAGCAGUCAAUUCCAGCUGCGCCCAGCACCCCCCUCCCACCCCCCCGGGCUACUGCGGAGCGGGGCAGUUGCCCGCCUUGUGAGUCCCGGGGAUGUGGUAUUUGCAAAUUUUGCACUGCCCGGGGGCCGGGCAUUUGCCAACCUCGGGGCCAGCCCCGAGCUUUUGACACGCAUGCGGUAUCUUAUCAGAAUAUAACUACACAGAGGAUUUUACUGGAAAAACAAGCAGAUUGGCUCAUUUGUCAAGGAUGGGAAAAAAAUGAAGAGGUUUGUAAAGGCAUGUUCUCGAUUUUGUGCAUGCACUUCUUCAUUGCUUAUCAAGCCAGAAUUACAUAGCGAAACUCGGGAGCUAUCGACGUGAAUCAACGCUUUUUUGGUUAUUGAAUUAAGUUUCUAUUGAUAUUAUUUGAAGAAUAUCCUUUCAUAUUUAUAAAACUAUUCAUAGCAGUACUGUUAUAACUUUACAGCGCACUAUUAAUUUUAAUGUCAAUAAUUAGGACAAUUAGGUGGUUUUCACGCAAUCUCGGGAGACACAAAUAACAAGGGUGAAAUCAACAAAUGCUGGUGGACCAGCAUCCGUCCACCAGCAUGGCGGCGAUGACGUAGUGUGAAAACCAUAAACUGGUGUCGUCACGGCGUGUCUCAAUUAGAAUAGCACUAUUACAAAGGAAGACGUUAUUUGAAACCAAAAAUCGCACAUUAAAAUGCUUAAAAUGGCACUACGUCUGUACUCGACUGUGCGAUCAAUGAAAAAUGUUGCAGUGUUAACGGAGGACGGGGCAUUUGCCCUAUUUUUUCUUCCCCACCCCGGGGGAUUUGACAGCUCAAGAGUCCCCACCCCCGGGAAUUUGCCAUCCAAGGCAAAAAAUGCUAAUGUCCGGGGUUAGCGCGGGGGUGGGGGCUGAGCGCAGCUGGAAUUGACUGAUGCGUAAUUAGUUGACUCGCAAGAGGUGGUAGAAAAAUAUUAUUAUGUAUUUGAAAACAGUGUACUGAUCUAUAAACACAUCGCUCAAUGCCGUGCAGAUUCUUGCCUCGCAGAGGAAUAUGACAAUGAUUAAUUUUUCUGACUAUGAAACUGACCAGAAAACAGUCAUCGUUAAAUUGUACUGCUCGACGGAAUUAAUCAGAGGUGUAGAUGGCGAGCUUAUCUUUCUUUCGGCACUGAAUAUUUUUCUGUCCAUUGCAGCAUUUUUGGGGAACAUUCUGAUCCUAGUUGCUCUUCACAAGAAAACUGCACUUCAUCCGCCUUCCAAACUCCUGUAUCGUAACCUGGCGAUAUCUGAUCUCUGUGUUGGUAUCAUUGUAGGGCCUUUGGCUGUGACGUAUUGGAUUUCUGUUGUGGACGAAAGAUGGAAUAUUUGCUAUUUCGCAUAUUGGGCAGUGAGUUUCUCAAGUCAUACGUUGUGCCAAGUGUCUUUAUUGACAAUGACUGCAAUAAGCGUGGACAGACUUCUCGCCUUGUUGCUGGGGCUCAGAUACAAACAAAUUGUUACCUUAAAAACAGGAUAUAUGACUAUAAUUGGUUUUUGGAUUUUGUCC